AUGUCGUCGUCGUCCAAUUCGUCGUCGCCACACCAUCACACCGUCAUCAUCCAACUCGUCGCUACCACACCAUUACGCCUCUGUCAUCGAAGUCGUCAUCCCUACGCCACCGAUAAUGUGCUAGCAAUCCUAUUUCAAGAUACACGGAUCGUAAGGUAUUGGCUUCACAAACCUACCAGGCAAUCUUGGAACAUUGAACUUCUUUUGUUGGGCACUGCAUUGCGGAUGGGAAGAACUGUUCAUGGUUCAUUUACAGAGGAUGCUAUUGGAAGAGAGGGUGUGACUAUGCAAUUUGUUCCAGUGAAUGUAACUGCUAGUAGAGGACUGGAUGUUGUUGUUGGCAACCUUCAAGAAUACUAUAAUGUCUAUUACAAAGACAAUGUCUGA